AUGCGUACAGUCGAGACGCGGCCACCAACGUCAGUGACGAAUAGCGCGCCGUCCAAGACGGAGGCCGCCGCGAGGAAACGUCUUGCGGGGUUCCAUGACGUUCAUGCGGAAGGCAAGGCGUACCUGGCGGACAACAUGUACAUUCGAUCGGGGUAUCGCGUUGACUACUCCUUGACCCACUGCUUCUUGUCCCUGUUCGAACUCCACAACGAGACUUGGAACGUGUGGACGCACAUCAUCGGGUCGCUCAUCUUUGCCGGACUCAUGUAUAGCGCGUUCAACAUGGAGAUACCGACGCAUUUAUGGACGUACGACGAUGGCACGCAUCCCUUCUUUGAACCGAACAACAUCUUGUACAUGGAGAACGGCCGCCACACGAUGCACCUAUUUGCGCGAAUCGUGCUGUCCCCGACAAAGGUCCAUCACGCGUUGGAGUAUGUGCUCGACACACGAUACCAAGAAAUGCUAUCGAAGCAACUGCACGUCGCGAGCGUCAUCUUUGGGCACACCAUUGCUCAGAUCCCGAGCUUGCAGCGCUUCCAUGAGAUCCUUGACAGCCAUGCCGAAGGAAUCUCGCACACCGUGUCCGAGCAGCUCUUCCACCUGCACGACGAAUUGACUGUGCUGAAGGACCGCCUCGGACCGUCCUUUGACGCACUCACCAAGAGCAUGCCGCUGAAGAGCGUCGUCGGUUCGUACACUCAGGUGCACGGCAUGAAGCAGUCGUUGCAGUCUCGCCUGGACGCGCUCUCGACAUACCUUCGACAACUGGAUACGAACGACUACCCGGCGCUACAGUUUGUCCUGCAGGAAUUUCACAGUGUUACCGACAGCGUCAAGAACGGCCUCCAUGCCAUAUCGGACGUGACGCCGUCCAAGCUCGCACCGAUGCUCGUGGUCGGCAACUGGCCCAUCAAGGUCUUCAUCGGGAGCGCGGUGAUUUGUCUCACGCUCAGCUCCAUCUACCACCUGAUGUGGGUACAGAGUGCUGCGGCGUCGGUCGUGUUCAUUCAACUCGACUACUCGGGAAUCAUCCUCAUGAUCGCGGGGUCCUUCUUUCCGCUCAUCUACUACUCGUUUUACUGCACCCCGACGCUGCUGUACAUGUACCUGGGGAUCAUAUCCAGCCUCGCCAUCGGUUGCCUCGUCGCGUCGCUGUGCACCAAGAACCAAAAGGUUCGCAGCGGGAUGUUUCUGUCGCUCGGGUUUUUCGCCCUUGUCCCAAUCGGCCAUUUGGUGUGGAAGCAUGGCGUGUGGGACGAUCACAUUCAAAUUUUUGUCAAGCCGCUCCUGGCCAUGGGAUGUCUUUACCUCGUCGGCGCCGCCAUUUACGGCACCCGGUUUCCCGAGCGGUAUUUUCCCGGCCAUUUCGACGUGUGGGGCCAUAGCCAUCAACUGUGGCACAUUUGCGUCGUUGCGGCCGCCUUGAUCCAUUACAACAGCGCCAUGCAGCACUACGAGUGGCGGUGGCAGACUGGGUGCGCCGUGUAACUCGAGCCCCGCUAUUUUUACACUUUACCUUGUCCGCCGCCUCUUUGUACAGAAGAUCAAUCCACUUCGGCCGUCGUUGAGGUGAAGGACUAAGACAAGAUGACGCACCACGCAACAAUCGAUCGCUAUGACGCGAUUGAGCCAAACCAGGACGUCCUCUUCGAUAAUAUGACAGAUGCAUGCUUGUGCCGUCCAUGCUGCGUUUGGACAUGCAAGGUGAUCCGGGGAAAUUGAAGUGAUCAAGGAUUGCACACGUACUUGAAGCUUGUGUGAACUAGAACGCUCUGUCACGCGGGUUCCAACGGGACUCGAGCUUUCAGCAAGCCCACACAGGUUCCAUCGAGAACGUCGAGACUCGAGCCUUGGGCGAGUCUAAAUUUGGCUCACAGUG